AUGAGAAAUUUCUCUCAAGAUAACUGGAGAUGGGACUUGAAAUGGAGGAGGAAUCUGUUUGAUCAGGAAAGUGAUCUAGCUGUCAAUUUUAUGGAAGAAAUCAGCUCUAUACAUAUUCAGAGGCAUGUUAAGGACAUCAUGACUUGGAAAGUUGAUCCUAGUGGUGUUUAUUCCACAAAGUCAGCCUACAAAUUAAUGAUAACCCCCUCUACUCCAGCCUCUGAACUGAGAUCCUCAACAUUACUAUGGAAAUUGAAAAUUCCCCCAAAAGCUGCAGUUUUCACUUGGAGGCUUCUUAAAGAUAGGCUCCCUACUAGAGCUAAUCUCAUAAGAGGAAAUGUGAUCAUCCAAGACACUGUUUGUCCCCUCUGUGGCCUAGAACAGGAGGAGGUGGGCCAUCUAUUUUUUAACUGUAAGAGGAUAGUAGGCCUGUGGUGGGAGUCGAUGACAUGGGUACAGGCUCAGGGACCUCUCCCAACUUCUGCAGUGGAUCAUUUUCUACAAUUCUGUGAUGGAUUUGGAGCACACAUAAACCAUAGUUCAUGGUGUGGAUGGUGGGUUGCUCUAACCAGUACCAUAUGGCAGCAUAGGAAUCUCCUCAUUUUCCAUGAAAAACCAUUUCACUCAUCUAAAGUCAUGGAAGAUGCUUUGUUCUUAGCUUGGUCUUGGUUAAAAGCUAGAGAAAAAGGCUUUAACACUAGUUUUAACCAAUGGUCUUCUAAUAUCUCAGAUUCCUUUGGUUAA